GCCGGGCCGGGAUGCGCGGCGGGCGCGGCCCCGGGCGGCUGCGAGCGCGGCCCGGGAGAGGCGCCGGGCCGGGGUCGGGCGGGCUCUGCCCCGCCGAGCGCAGGCCGGGGCUUCCUGCUCCGAACGAACGGGAGCCGCAGCCUCCCUGCCUAAGGAGGGCCGGAGCUGGCGGCGCGGCCCGGGGCGGGCGGUGCGCUCCCACGGCAGCACGUGUGACAGCGAGCCCCAGCGCUGCCCUGCCCGCCGCGGGACCGGCCUGCUGUGACCUUGGGAAGCGGGGCUACGGCCUGCCCACGGGGCCAUUGCAAGGAGCAGCGCUGCCUCCUGCGUGCAUCUCAGCCUUCGGAGAGGGCAUCGGCAGGGAGAAGCAUCUGGGGCUGAAAUAACAUCUGCUUGCAGAGGACCCUGCAGGACCUGUUACACUAACUAAUGCUUCUGUAUUUCCAGGUUUGAGUUUGGAUUAGCUUUGGAAGUUACAGAGCAGUUGCCGCCUCGUUCGACCUACAUGCAACUUUUAAUAUAGCAGUAUUAUUACAAACCGGAUAAAAAAGGAGACAAGUAUCUCCAUACCUACCAGGAAACAGGAGACUUUGCUCUGAAAUAACUGAUAAACAAGUGUGAAGCAUGAGGAUCAACUCUGCUGUUCAGGCUGCUAUUGACCUCACAGCAGGUGCUGCAGGUGGGACAGCCUGUGUGGUGACUGGCCAGCCCUUUGACACUGCAAAGGUGAAGAUGCAGACAUUCCCCAACAUGUACAAAGGACUUGUUGACUGUUUUGUCAAAACCUAUAAGCAAGUGGGAUUUCGAGGCUUCUACAAGGGAACCACACCAGCACUUGUAGCCAACAUUGCAGAGAACUCCGUUCUGUUCAUGUGCUAUGGAUUUUGCCAGCAAAUUGUGAGAAGAAUUGUUGGAGUAGACAGGAAAACAAAGCUCAGUGAUCUACAGAAUGCUGCUGCAGGCUCCUUCGCCUCUGCCUUUGCCACCCUUGUCCUCUGUCCCACAGAGCUGGUGAAGUGCCGGCUACAGGCCAUGCAUGAAAUGCAGUUGUCAGGAAAGAUAAUCCAGGGACACACUACAGUUUGGUCAGUAGUGAAGGGUGUUAUCCAAAAGGAUGGGCCCCUUGGAUUUUAUCGUGGCCUGUCAAGCACUUUGCUGCGGGAAGUCCCAGGCUACUUCUUCUUCUUUGGAGGGUAUGAACUGAGCCGGACAUUCUUUGCCUCUGGGAGAUCAAAAGACGAACUAGGUCCCAUUCCUUUGUUACUAAGUGGAGGUUUUGGAGGCAGCUGUCUGUGGAUUGCUGUGUAUCCUGUGGAUUGUGUCAAGUCUAGAAUUCAGGUUCUUUCAAUGGCUGGAAAACAGGCAGGCUUUAUGGGAACAUUUGUAACUGUUGUGAGAACUGAAGGUGUGCUUGCUUUGUAUUCUGGACUAACACCAACUAUGAUCCGUGCAUUCGUGGCCAAUGGAGCACUGUUCCUUGCCUAUGAGUACAGCAGGAAACUUAUGAUGAAACAAAUAGAUUCUUACUGAGACUGUCUAGCAGAUGAAGAACAAGAGAUUGUUAAAGGGUCAUUUAAAUAAAUGAUGAAAAACACGUAGAUCACAUGAUGGUCUGAGCAGAACCAAAUCAGUGACCUAAUUUUAGGAACUCAACUCCAGUUUAAGAUUUGUAAUCUUUUAAAAUCAGGUGAUUUUAUGGAGGUGUGUACAUGUUGCUUGAAUUGCACAAGCAGAACUAUCUCCCUUUUACAGAUUCUGCACUAGGUACACUGCAUGUCAUAAAUGUCUUUCCUGACCUGUAAUGGUGCUAAAAAUAUUUACACUGACCUGUGGGGUUUAAUGUAACAUGCAAGAGUAGGUUGUGAUUUGUCUACAGCAAAGCACUGGUUUUAAAAUUGUGCUGCAGUUGUGACCCUUCACAGCUGUUGCCAAUGUCUAAGUAAAAAUAAUGUCAGUUCUUGCUGUCCUGCUCCCUGCUGCUCUGUGACUUGCAAAGGUCAUGGCAGAGGGCAUCUGACUUACAUACUCUUUCCUACUUUUAUAAACCCAUUCACUAAGACAUUCACCCCUUACCUUAUAAGGGUAUAGAGCCUGAGAUAUGCCUACAUUUUUGAUAAAACAAGCACAGUAACAACAUUAAGGAGGGUAUGCUGCACUGUAUUGUUUCCUAAAUCCCUUCAAGGAGUGGUAGAGUAUGCUAAGCACCACUUACUAUAAGGGAGGGACACUGCUGGAAAUAGCUGCUGCCUCUGAGCACAGAAUUUUGUGCAGGCACCAGUUCAGGUCACCUUGGCAUGAAUGAGGCCACAUGCUAGAAGGACAGGAAGCUGAAGACGAACAGAAAGCCAGAUCUGAGUGGUUAACUGACACCAUGGUCUCUGGUGUAGCAGUCUUACUGGGGCUGGAGUUUUGCCACUUGCUGUGCCUCUUCAGCUGAGUGGAAAAAGCUCAUAUAACUUGUGCAACCUUCAGCCUGGAGGGCAUGGCCUGCUUGGUCAUGUCACUUGAUUAAAUAUGCAGUUAGUCAGUAUUACCCAAAAUGAUGCAGUGACACCUCUUUCUAGAUACCACUUUUGUUCUUCAAGUAGAAUGCUCUUUGUAUAAGCAUGCUCUGCUUUGUAAGAAGCAGCUACUGCCUCCUGGAAUAAGUCGAGCAGGUCUUAGCACAAACUUGUCCUGGAGUUGUACAGAGAUGCUGCCUGAGUGCUCUAAGUGCAGCCCACCAGUGUGGGGGCAGCCGGGGGCACAGACAGAGCCCUUUAACUCACUGAGAUCAUCAGCUACAUGGAGAUUAACAGCUUGUCACAGCAACCACAUUUGUUAGUGACAGACAACAGUCAGAGCUGGAACAACCUAGUUUUGCAUGUUACAGCUUCCCUUUCAGAUCCCAGAAAUAGGAACAAGCUUUAGAUAUAAAUGAAAUAACCUUAAUACCUGCUGGCUCUUGCAGUGGAGCCAGGGUGCACUUAAACUGGCUCAUUCCUUGCAGUUUUGUAGCCUCUUUGAUGGAAGGUGGUUGCUGCAGUUCCACAAAGUCUUCUUGCUCCUCCAGCCUCCAAGUGCAGAAAGAACAAUUAAUCUCCCUUUCAUACACUAUGAGAAAAGGCAGUUAAAGCAGGGCAUAGCUGAAGAAUCUUCAGCGUCUAUUGCACCAAUACACCUUAACUGACUGGUAUACUAGGGGCAGCACUACUCUGCAUUGCCAUUAUUUAAAAGGAAUUUAUACCAAAUGUUUAAAUGAUUCAGGUAGGAGGAUGAUGCUUUAAGAGUUGUUCGAUUUCCCUUCUUUUCAAAGUUGUCUAGCUAAGAUAAAUAGUAUAUUUGUACAUGUUUCUAAUAGUUAUGAAAAGGUGAGGACAGACUCCACCUCAGUGGAAUACUUCAAUCUAUUUCUUAGAUUUGCCUUUGCUUUCAUUUUUUAAAGCUCAUGGUUGCAAUUUUUAAUACAAAAAUUGAAGCUUCAAGAGAAGCAGGAUAUUUAAAACAACCUACAGCAAGAAGCUGGUGGUAUUUUUGAGAGUUUACCUUCUGAAGUUGAUGUAAGCAGUAGUUUCUCCAUUCAGAGCUGCUUAAGCUGUACAUGUGUAUCAGUUGUUCAGCUAAAAACUUCAUAAUGUUGGUACAGGAAUUCACAGAAAUAAAGUUCCAUUUGAUUAACUGA